UUGACACACUUGCUAAGAAGGGGACAACGAGUGUGCAAUUCUGACACACUCGCUAAGAAGGGGACAACAAUUUUGCAAUGCAUGGCCCGGCCGAUGUCUUUCCACAUUAGAGAGAAUUCCAGACCUCAAGGUUCAACGAACUCAAAGCUGACAAAGGAGAAACAGUGGACAGUGGCAAUCUCCGACAUACCUUGGCCAAGAAUCGAAGCCGUUGCUGAGUUUAGACUACGUACUAGAGAAACACCAAGAAUCGAAGCCAUUGCUGAGUUUAGACUACGUACCGACGGAUUGCCUGGCAAAACACCUUCAAAGAUUGGGAGUAUACAGUCAAGGUGCAACGAACUUAAAGCUCGAACAAAGGAGAACACUCUCCGACAUAGCCGACUGGGAGGAGAAACAGUGGACAGUGGCACUCUGAAGCUCGAACAAAGGAGAAACAGUGGACAGUGGCACUCUCAACAUACCCGACUGGCGCCGACUGGCCAAGAAUCGAAGCCGUUGCUGAGUCUUAGACUUUGGCCAAGAAUCGAAGCCGUUGCUGAGUUUAGACUACGAGGAAAUGGAGAAGACCCACCUGAUUCUAUACAGGAGGAAAUGGAGAAGACCCACCUGAUUCGGUGUUCAAAGGAGGAAAUGGAGAAGACCCACCUGAUUCGGUGUCUAGCGAUCAACCCACAUGCCCUCUAUGUAACCUACAGGAGGAAAUCUGGCGAAGCACCUUCACAGAUUAGGAGAGGAAAUGGAGAAGACCCACCUGAUUUGGUGUCCAGCUCUAAAGACAAGGACGGAAAGCCAAAGAUAUAUACAGGAGGAAAUGGAGAAGACCCACCUGAUUCGGUGUUCAUCAAGAGGAAAUGGAGAAGACCCACCUGA